AAUCGAUAUCUUGCCAGCACUAGUACAGACAUAUUUUGUUUGAUAUUGUGAAAUUGCAUUUCUAGGAUUACUGGGGCUGAGCCAUAACUUUUUGCACAAAAUUAAACAUACUUCAGAAGUAGAAGCUCACGUAAAUUAUGUCCGGUGGUUCGCUUAUUACACUUAAAGAAGACGAGUCGGGGGCGAACGGAUCUGGUUCCAACAAUGCAGUUCAACACCCAUCAAACGCGCAACAAAAUGUUGGAUCCAAUGGCAGCGAUCGGCAGCAGAAUAGUGGUAACGCAGGCAGUGGCGCAGGUUCGGCUCCAGCCGAAGGGAGCCGACAAAACAGUUUACAACGCAUUCAACAACGAAAACAAAAAGUUUUCAACUUGCCCGUGGCUCAAAAACUAGCCAAACUUUCCAUGUACUCAGCUUGUCAAGCUGAAGGUUGUCGGUGCACAGGAUGGAAAACGCCACAAGAAAAUCGCCACCGUGAUGUUGAAUCGUCUUAUUGCCCUGAAUUUAGUGAAGAAUGUCGGAAUACUAGUUGCCGACAUUCACUGCAGAGCCAUAUCUCUCACUUAGAUGGAAUUUCGGCCGCUGAGAUGAACAACUUCCUGGGAGCAAUUAUUGAUAUGGAGAAUUUGUUCAUGUCUAUGCAAAGAGUUGAUGAUGAUGAUACAAAAAAGGUAUACCUUUAUCUAUUUCGUUUACUGCGACAGUGCGUUAUAACGCGACAACAGGCAGUAAUAAGAGGUCCGUUGGGAGAUCCCCCAUUUGAAUCGCCCUGCAUUGCCAAGGCUGUUUAUUCAUUUGUCUUCUACAAAUACAACCACUUGAGUCCAAAUGAAUUGCAAACUAUGACUGAGGUUGCUAAAACCUUUUUGAAUUUUCUUAAUCAUUACAAUUUUGAACCCCCUUCAAUGCGGAGAGCCGAUUUGAAGAAUGAUGACGCUUCCACUUACAAGAUUAACUAUACCCGAUGGUUAGUUUUCUGUCAUGUGCCUGCCUUUUGUAACUCCCUUCGGCAUUUUGAAACGUCUUUGGUUUUUGGGAGAACUUUGCUAAGAACUGUAUUUCAAUACAUGGCUCAGCAACUUAAGAAAAAAUGUAUUUCGGAACGGGAUCGCUUUCCGGCGGAUAAAAGAUCGAUUAUAACGCAAAUGCCAAAAUUUUUGGAAGCUCUUAAAGCGGAACUCCUUAAAGAUGACUCUCCAAUAUGGGACCAGUCUUAUAGACCACCAACGGCUUUCCUUUUACAACAACGCAAAAGGCAACAGGAUACGACAGCUUCAGCCACAGGAGUAUCCAGUAGCAACGCUUCUAAAAAAAUUGGAAGCGGCGAACCUGCCCACAAAAGAGUAAAAAAAGAAAUUUCAGAGCGUUCCACUGGGGAUGUCUAUUACGAGGAUCUUCCCGACGAUGUAGUGAUUCGUGCCAUGAAAGCGGUUUCGGAGUCUAAGGCAAUAAAUAAAACCGAAAUAUUGUUUCCCGUAAAUGUAUCUCGUGAUGAAAAUGUUAAGGCAGAAGAACAAAAACGUGCCAUCGAGUUUCAUGUUGUGGGUAAUUCACUGACAAAACCUGUUGAUAAACAAACAAUUCUUUGGUUGUUGGGUUUACAAAGUGUUUUUGCACAUCAACUACCUGAAAUGCCCCGCGAAUACAUAUCACAAUUGGUAUUUGAUACAAAGCAUAAAACAUUGGCUUUAAUUAAAGAAAAUAUGCCAAUUGGAGGUAUUUGCUUCCGACCAUUUCCAAGCCAGGGUUUUACUGAAAUUGUUUUUUGCGCCGUCACCAUGUCGGAACAAGUGAAAGGAUAUGGUACACAUUUAAUGAACCAUUUAAAGGAUUACAGUAUUCAAAAGGGUAUAUUACAUCUUUUAACAUACGCUGAUUGCGACGCCAUUGGAUACUUUAAAAAACAAGGAUUCUCUAAGGACAUAAAACUGGCGCGGCCAGUAUAUGCUGGUUACAUAAAAGAAUAUGAUGGAGCAACUUUGAUGCACUGUGAAUUACAUCCCAGCAUUGUAAACACGCAAUUUAUAUCCGUAAUACGCCGACAAAGCGAAAUAUUGAAAGAGCUCAUUGCCCAACGUCACAAUGAUGUGCAAAAGGUUCGACCGGGAUUAACAUGUUUCAAAGAGGGAUUGCCAUCAAUACCAGUAGAAUCAAUACCUGGACUGAGAGAAAUCGGUUGGAAACCUCAAAUGCGGGCGCACCGAACGGGAAGGCCAUUAGAAGAGUCAUCUGAUCCUGAAAAAUUAGCUGCCUCAUUUGCUGCUGUAUUACAAUCUGUACGACAUCAUGCAUCCGCAUGGCCAUUCUUAAAACCGGUUACUGUUGCUGAAGUUCCCGAUUACUAUGAUCACAUUAAAUAUCCAAUGGACCUGAAGACAAUGGGAGAACGUCUUAAGAAGGGAUAUUAUGUAACAAGACGACUGUUCAUGGCUGACAUGGCUCGUAUUUUCUCUAAUUGUCGUUUCUAUAACUCACCAGAAACCGAGUAUUACCGUUGUGCCAAUAACUUGGAACGCUACUACCAAACUAAGAUGCGCGAGUUGGGCCUUUGGGACAAAUGAUGUCGCGCCAUAUUGUCAACAAAUUUGGAACCACCUAGUGAUAAGCCAGCAGACGAUGACGGAGAUGGUAGAGCCUAUGAUAUUUCUGAUGACAAUGAGGACGAUAAGAGAACUCCGAGGGAUGAACGUAGCAUAGCAAACACUGUAACCAACACUAGUAUUACCAACAAUAGCACCCCCAAUUCUUCUCAAAACACAAUUUUUAACACAUCCUUUGAGAAUACAUUUUUGAGUGGUAAUUUGGGAGCUUACUCUUCUCUACCUGAUGACAUAUUUACAAACUAAAAUUUAUUGUAAUUUAUUAAUCAACAACCUACUUUGAGAGGAUUUAUUUGAAGUAAAAGUAAUGGAUAUGACAAUUUAAAUCCAAAUCCAGUAGGUUAACCCUCAUAUAUAUAAACGUACUGUUAUAUCGUAAAUGUAUUUUAAUCAUAUUUUUUCUUUGAGCUUUGAACAACAUUUUUGACUUUCCCCAACUGAUCUAAAAAAUAAUCUAAUAAAGUUUAUAAAUAUGCAUAAA